AUCUAGAUGGAACAUGCUGAAGCCUUUUCUCGUCCCCUGAGUCGGAAUAAUGUUGGUUUAAUUUUCUGUUUGAUGAUAUUUGAUGCAAUAACAUACUUUACAAUCGAAUGGAUAAUGGAUGCAAUUGAUCCAAUCAGAAAGCAAAAGCUGAAACAGGCAGAAAAAUUAAUGAAGCCAAUUGGCGUGAAAAAUGAGAAGCUUUCAGAGUAUGAAAUGGGUAUUGCUGCUCAUCAGCUAGACCGUCUGAACACGUAUGUUACUUGGAGUGAUAUACGAAGUUUAAAUGAUGUCAUUACGGAUCUGAAAGAUACAGUCAUCUUACCUACCAAAAAGAAACAUUUGUUUGAAAAUUCCAAGCUUCUGCAGCCUCCAAAAGGUGUUUUUCUCUAUGCGCCUCCAUGCUGUGGUAGAACAUUGAUUACCAAGGCUACAGCCAAAAAAGCAGGUUGUUGUUUUCUUAACCUUCAGCCUUCAACACUGACUGGUAAGUGGUAUGGAGAAUCUCAGAAACUAGCUGCUGCUGUUUUCUCCCUUGCCAUGAAGCCACAGUCUUCCAUCAUCUUUAUAGAUGAAAUUGACUCCUUUCUACGAAAACGUUCAAGUUCUGACCAUGAAGCUACAGCCAUGAUGAAAACUCAGUUGAUGAGUCUUUGGGAUGGAUUGGGUACUGAUCACAGGUGCCAGGUCAUAGUGAUGAGAGCUACGAAUCAUCCUCAGGAUUUUGACUCAGAUAUGAUUGGAAGAAUGCCUAUGAGAUUUCAUGUCAACCAGCCUGUUCUAAGACAAACCUCAAUGUGGGAGUUGGCUACUGGGGAUGCAUCCAAAAAGAUAUUGCUGUGA